GCGGGGGCGGCCGGGCGCGCGCGCCCCCGCCGCCGGGCACCCCGCGCCCCCGCCCGGGCCCGCCCGGGGGUCGCGGGGCGCAGGCGCGGCGGGCGGGGGUCCCCCCACGGGCGCGCGGGCGCCUUUGUUCCCGGCGCCGGCCGGGGCGGGGCCCGCGCCCGCCCCGCCCCCGCUCAGGCCCCGCCCGCCUCCCCGCAGGAGCCGCCGCCGGGGCCCGCUCGCGGCCGCCUCAGCCGUCGCCGCCGCCCGCUCCCGCCCGCCGGGCCUGCGCCGCCGCCGCCGCGCCCGGGCCGGAGCCAUGGCGGGCGCGGCGCCCCCCUGCGCCAACGGCUGCGGGCCCGGCGCGCCCUCGGACGCCGAGGUGCUGCACCUCUGCCGCAGCCUGGAGGUGGGCACCGUCAUGACUUUGUUCUACUCCAAGAAGUCGCAGCGGCCCGAGCGGAAGACUUUCCAGGUCAAGCUGGAGACGCGGCAGAUCACGUGGAGCCGCGGCGCCGACAAGAUCGAGGGGGCCAUUGACAUUCGUGAAAUCAAGGAGAUCCGCCCAGGGAAGACCUCAAGAGAUUUUGAUCGCUACCAAGAAGACCCUGCUUUCCGACCAGACCAGUCGCACUGUUUUGUCAUCCUGUAUGGAAUGGAAUUCCGCUUGAAGACCCUGAGUCUGCAAGCUACUUCUGAGGAGGAAGUAAACAUGUGGAUCAAGGGCUUAACCUGGCUGAUGGAGGAUACGUUGCAGGCAGCCACACCCCUGCAGAUUGAGAGGUGGCUGCGGAAGCAGUUCUACUCGGUGGAUCGGAAUCGUGAGGACCGUAUAUCAGCGAAGGACCUGAAGAACAUGCUGUCCCAGGUCAACUACCGGGUCCCCAACAUGCGCUUCCUCCGAGAGCGGCUGACGGACCUGGAGCAGCGCAGCAGUGACAUCACCUACGGGCAGUUUGCUCAGCUGUACCGAAGCCUCAUGUACAGCGCCCAGAAGACGAUGGACCUCCCCUUCUUGGAAGCCAGUGCCCUGAGGGCAGGGGAGCGACCUGAGCUUUGUCGAGUGUCCCUUCCUGAGUUCCAGCAGUUUCUCCUCGAGUACCAGGGGGAGCUGUGGGCUGUCGACCAACUCCAGGUACAAGAGUUCAUGCUCAGCUUCCUGCGAGACCCCCUACGGGAGAUCGAGGAGCCCUACUUCUUCCUGGAUGAGUUCGUCACCUUCCUGUUCUCUAAGGAGAACAGUGUGUGGAACUCGCAGCUGGAUGCUGUGUGCCCGGACACCAUGAACAACCCUCUGUCCCACUACUGGAUCUCCUCCUCACAUAACACGUACCUGACGGGGGACCAGUUCUCCAGCGAGUCUUCCCUGGAGGCUUACGCUCGCUGCCUGCGCAUGGGCUGUCGCUGCAUUGAGUUGGACUGUUGGGAUGGCCCAGAUGGGAUGCCGGUCAUCUACCACGGACACACCCUCACCACCAAAAUCAAGUUCUCAGACGUGCUGCACACCAUCAAGGAACAUGCCUUCGUGGCCUCAGAGUAUCCGGUCAUCCUGUCCAUCGAGGACCACUGCAGCAUUGCCCAGCAAAGGAACAUGGCUCAGUACUUCAAGAAGGUGCUCGGGGACACGCUCCUCACCAAGCCCGUGGACAUCGCUGCCGACGGGCUCCCUUCACCCAACCAGCUCAAGAGGAAGAUCCUGAUCAAGCACAAGAAGCUGGCGGAGGGCAGUGCCUACGAGGAGGUGCCCACGUCUGUGAUGUACUCUGAGAAUGACAUCAGCAACUCCAUCAAGAAUGGCAUCCUUUACCUGGAGGACCCUGUGAACCACGAGUGGUAUCCCCACUACUUCGUUCUGACCAGCAGCAAGAUUUACUACUCCGAGGAGACCAGCAGUGACCAGGGCAAUGAGGAUGAGGAGGAGCCCAAAGAGGCCAGCGGCAGCACAGAGCUGCACUCCAACGAGAAGUGGUUCCAUGGGAAGCUGGGCGCCGGCCGGGAUGGGCGGCACAUCGCCGAGCGCCUGCUCACCGAGUACUGCAUCGAGACAGGGGCCCCCGACGGCUCCUUCCUAGUGCGCGAGAGCGAGACCUUCGUGGGCGACUACACCCUCUCUUUCUGGCGGAACGGAAAAGUCCAGCACUGCCGGAUUCACUCCCGGCAGGAUGCAGGGACGCCCAAGUUCUUCUUGACAGAUAACCUCGUCUUUGACUCGCUGUAUGACCUCAUCACCCACUACCAGCAGGUGCCCCUGCGCUGCAACGAAUUUGAGAUGCGCCUCUCAGAGCCUGUGCCACAGACCAACGCCCACGAAAGCAAAGAGUGGUACCACGCGAGCCUGACUAGAGCGCAGGCCGAGCACAUGCUGAUGCGUGUCCCUCGUGAUGGUGCCUUCCUGGUGCGGAAACGGAGCGAUCCCAACUCGUAUGCCAUCUCCUUCCGGGCUGAGGGCAAGAUCAAGCAUUGCCGUGUCCAGCAGGAGGGCCAGACAGUGAUGCUGGGCAACUCGGAAUUUGAUAGCCUGGUGGACCUCAUCAGCUACUAUGAGAAACAUCCCCUGUACCGCAAGAUGAAGUUGCGCUAUCCCAUCAAUGAGGAGGCGCUGGAGAAGAUUGGCACAGCUGAGCCAGACUACGGGGCCCUGUAUGAGGGACGCAACCCUGGUUUCUAUGUGGAGGCAAACCCCAUGCCAACUUUCAAGUGUGCGGUCAAAGCCCUCUUCGACUACAAGGCCCAGAGAGAGGAUGAGCUGACUUUCACCAAGAGCGCCAUCAUCCAGAAUGUGGAGAAGCAAGAGGGAGGCUGGUGGCGGGGGGACUACGGUGGGAAGAAGCAGCUGUGGUUCCCGUCCAACUACGUGGAGGAGAUGGUCAGCCCAGCAGCCCUGGAGCCUGAGAGGGAGCACUUGGACGAGAACAGUCCCCUGGGGGACUUGCUGCGGGGUGUCUUGGAUGUACCGGCUUGUCAGAUUGCCAUCCGUCCCGAGGGCAAGAACAGCCGGCUCUUCGUCUUCUCCAUCAGCAUGGCGUCGGUGGCACACUGGUCCCUGGAUGUUGCUGCCGACUCACAGGAGGAACUGCAGGACUGGGUGAAAAAGAUCCGAGAGGUGGCCCAGACUGCCGAUGCCAGGCUCACCGAGGGGAAGAUGAUGGAGCGCAGGAAGAAGAUUGCCCUGGAGCUCUCGGAGCUCGUCGUCUACUGCCGGCCUGUGCCCUUCGAUGAAGAGAAGAUUGGCACGGAACGAGCCUGCUACCGGGACAUGUCGUCCUUCCCGGAGACCAAGGCUGAGAAAUACGUGAACAAGGCCAAAGGCAAGAAGUUCCUGCAAUACAACCGGCUGCAGCUCUCCCGCAUCUAUCCCAAGGGCCAGCGGCUGGACUCCUCCAACUACGACCCCCUGCCCAUGUGGAUCUGCGGCAGUCAGCUCGUGGCCCUCAACUUCCAGACCCCAGACAAGCCUAUGCAGAUGAACCAGGCCCUCUUCAUGGCCGGCGGGCACUGCGGCUACGUGCUGCAGCCCAGCACCAUGCGCGAGGAGGCCUUUGACCCCUUCGACAAGAGCAGCCUCCGUGGGCUGGAGCCGUGCGCCAUCUGCAUCGAGGUGCUGGGAGCUCGGCAUCUGCCGAAGAACGGCCGAGGAAUCGUGUGUCCUUUUGUGGAGAUUGAGGUGGCUGGAGCCGAGUAUGACAGCACCAAGCAGAAGACAGAGUUUGUGGUGGACAAUGGAUUGAACCCCGUGUGGCCGGCCAAGCCCUUCCACUUCCAGAUCAGUAACCCUGAAUUCGCCUUCCUGCGCUUUGUGGUGUAUGAGGAAGACAUGUUCAGCGACCAGAACUUCCUGGCACAGGCUACUUUCCCGGUGAAAGGCCUGAAGACAGGGUACAGAGCAGUGCCUUUGAAGAACAACUACAGCGAGGACCUGGAGUUGGCCUCCCUGCUUGUCAAGAUCGAUGUUUUCCCUGCGAAGGAGAACGGCGACCUCAGUCCCUUUGGUGGUACAUCCCUGCGCGAGCGGGGCUCCGAGGCCUCAGGUCAGCUGUUUCACGGCCGGGCCCGGGAAGGCUCCUUUGAAGCCCGUUACCAGCAGCCUUUUGAGGACUUUCACAUCUCCCAGGAGCAUCUCACAGACCAUUUUGACAGUCGGGAAAGAAGGGCCCCACGGAGGACUCGGGUCAGCGGAGACAACCGCCUCUAGUGGCACCAGCUCGCUGAGAGCAGCAGGUGCUGCACGCCUCGUGGAAUGCCGUGACCGGCUCCUUUGGAAGCGGCCUGCCGCGGAGCCCUCCUGGUCUCGCAGCCGGGAGCCUGAUUCCAGCAGUGAAUGCUAGACGAAAACCAAGCCAUUAAUGAGAUGUAUUACUGUUUUGGGCCUCCAUGCCCCAACUCUGGGUGAAGGCAAAAACUGUACCGUGUCUCGCAUUAAGCACACACAUCUGGCCCUGACUUCUGGAGACGGAUCGUUCUGCCUCGGGCCGGGACCAUGGCCACAGCCCCUUGGAGAGAGAGGCUGCCUCAGCUGGUGGUGCAGGAGGCCCUGAGGAGCCGCUGACAUUCCUGUGUGGCGGAGAGCAGCAGCCUCUCUGGGCCAGGGCAACAAACAAAGUUUACAUUGUCCUGUAGCUUUAAAACCACAGCCGGGCAGGGUGGGAGGGUAAAGCCCCCCAAGUUUGGCCCUGGAGCCAAGUCAGAGGAGCGCAGGGCCUGCCUGGAGAGGGCCUCUGCCUGCCCCAGGAGGAGGACACAGCACAAGGGCACGUUGCCCACGGCUGGGGACGCAUCCCAGCCUGAAAGAUAUAGGGGAUCGUGUUAAAAAUAGCAGUAUUAUUUUUCUUCUCAAUGGCAUUGUAACUUAAGUUAUUCAUUCCUCCUGCCCCUUGCCCUUGGAGGGAAACCGGAGCAGAGCCUUUGAGGGGAGCGCGGCAGACGGGCCUGCCGAGUCGGGAGAGGUUCAGUUUGGGGAGCUACGGCACUAGCAGUGGGGUAGGGGUGGGAAGAAAAGAAAUAGCAAAGCCGAUUCUGGUGAGGUUUUUUUGGGGUUUUUUGUUUUUUUUUUUUUUUUUAAGGCGACAACUACUCAACAUGCUUUCCCUUAGGAAUAAACGAGGGCUUGAGGAGUUGUCUGCCUGAGGGGUAGGCGGGGAGACAGGCAGGUGCUGAAUGAAGCUGCUGCACGCGUGGCAGUCUGUGUAGCCAGUGGAGAGACCCAGGGAAGGUUGGGAGGGCUGUCCCUACCUCUGAGGGCAGAGGCUGGGGUCCAGGCCCAGGGGCGCAAAGGCGCCUCCAGAGCAUAGCCAGCAUUCAGCACACGCAAACCCACUGCCCGGGUGUGGGCUCAGGGUUGGCCAUUUGCUAGUUCUGCUGCCCUCUUUAAGAUCUGACUGCCAAAUAAAUCAUCCUCAUGUCCUUUUUCCUUUAAUUCGUGUGCUUUUGGGGGGGCUCGGGAAGCCGUUGUCUGGAGCUAAGGACAGUUGCCUCACAGUUCUCCAGCAGAAGCAAGUUGGAAGAUUUUGCUAACUUACGGGUCAAGCAGGUCUUCCCUCCUCCGGGCCCAAAGGCAGUGUGAGGCCACCCUUGCCAGCCCAUCCGCUGUCAGGCUGAUGACAUGCAGCCACCUGAAAACAAGCCCAGGUUUCUGACGAGCCAGCUUUGCUCGUGACCCCCCCAGCUCCACAGAAACCUGUCAGAAGUGUCGCAUC